ACGCCCUCUUUCCGCCUUCGUCACGGGCGUGAUGUACGCACGGCAGCCACAGGAGCUCCCAAAUCGGCAGGGACGUACGCCGCUAUUCUCUCUCUUUCUCGCUCUCUCUCUCUCUCUCUCUCUUUUUCUAUCCCCCCUGUUACCCCGCCUCUCGGAGAAGAAAGAAAAAAAAUACAAACAUUAACAGCGAGGUAGACAAAUAGUCACAGGCUGGAAACUCCGAUGGAUUAGUUUUAAUUCCCCCGCACACCACCACCAUCCCACCUCCUCUCCGAACCUAGAGAAUGGGCUGCGUCCAAUGUAAGGAUAAAGACGCAGCAAAACUCACCGACGAGCGCGACGCCAGCCUCUCUCACCACCCAGGCUACCGCUAUGGCGCCGACCCCACCCCGCAGCACUACCCCCCCAGCUUUGGGGUAACCACCAUCCCCAAUUACAACAACUUCCACGGCGGAGGCGGCGCUACGCAGGGGGUCACCGUCUUCGGAGGUGUGCACACGUCCUCGCAGUCUGGCACGCUGCGCUCCAGAGGAGGAACAGGGGUGACGCUAUUCGUGGCUCUCUACGACUACGAAGCCCGGACCGACGAUGACCUCAGCUUCAGGAAAGGGGAGAGGUUCCAGAUCCUCAACAGCACAGAGGGCGACUGGUGGGAGGCCCGCUCCCUUACCACAGGUGGAACUGGUUACAUUCCCAGUAAUUACGUCGCUCCGGUGGACUCCAUCCAAGCCGAGGACUGGUAUUUUGGUAAACUCGGCCGGAAGGAUGCGGAGAGACAACUGCUGUCCAACGGCAACGCCAGAGGCACGUUCCUGAUCCGGGAAAGUGAGACAACCAAAGGGGCCUUCUCCCUCUCCAUCCAGGACUGGGAUGACAUCAAGGGAGACCACGUCAAGCACUACAAGAUUCGCAAACUGGACAGCGGCGGUUACUACAUCACCACUCGAGCCCAGUUCGAGACACUCCAGCAGCUGGUGCACCACUAUUCCGCGAGGGCGGCAGGGCUGUGCUGCCGGCUGAUCGUUCCCUGCCACAAGGGCAUGCCCCGUCUCACCGACCUGUCCGUCAAAACCAAGGACGUUUGGGAGAUCCCGCGGGAGUCGCUGCAGCUCAUCAAGCGUCUCGGCAACGGGCAGUUCGGCGAAGUCUGGAUGGGCACGUGGAACGGCACCACCAAGGUGGCGGUGAAGACCCUGAAGCCGGGCACCAUGUCGCCCGAGUCCUUCCUGGAGGAGGCUCAGAUCAUGAAAAAGCUGCGGCACGACAAGCUGGUGCAGCUGUACGCUGUGGUUUCCGAGGAACCCAUCUACAUCGUCACCGAGUACAUGAAUAAAGGGAGUUUGCUCGACUUCCUCAAAGAUGGAGAAGGACGAGGCCUGAAACUUCCCAAUCUGGUGGACAUGGCGGCUCAGGUGGCAGCUGGCAUGGCGUACAUCGAGAGGAUGAACUACAUCCACAGAGACCUGCGCUCUGCCAACAUCCUGGUCGGAGACAGUCUGGUGUGUAAGAUUGCUGACUUUGGUCUGGCCAGGCUCAUUGAGGACAACGAGUACACAGCGAGACAAGGUGCAAAGUUUCCCAUUAAGUGGACCGCUCCCGAGGCGGCGCUGUACGGGAAGUUCACCAUCAAGUCCGACGUGUGGUCCUUCGGCAUCCUGCUGACAGAACUUGUGACUAAGGGCCGGGUGCCCUAUCCAGGUAUGAACAAUCGCGAGGUGCUGGAGCAGGUGGAACGUGGCUACCGCAUGCCAUGCCCGCAGGACUGCCCCACGUCGCUGCACGAGCUAAUGGUGCAGUGCUGGAAGAAAGACCCAGAGGAGAGGCCCACCUUCGAGUACUUGCAGGCCUUUUUGGAGGACUACUUCACUGCCACUGAGCCUCAGUACCAACCGGGGGAUAAUCUCUGAGUGUCUUUUCCUAACUGUCCAACAGAGGGAGCCAGACACCCUGCUAUCCUCUUUCUCACACCCAGGUGACUCUGUAAAGCUCAUCCAGUCCUCUUCCAAGCCUCAUCUCACACACACACGCACACACACACACACACACACACACACUCACACAAAGGCAAGAUGACUAUCAGGAAGAAGAUGGGCCUACCAUGGAUGCAAAAACACGACAAUGAGCGGUGUAACUUGUACAUAGUGUAAAUACAAAAAAAAAUAAUU